GGUCCCGGAAGUGGCUGACACGUCUGGCUCGGAACGCCGAGGCCUCGCACAGGCGGGACGGCAAGCCGCCACUGAAUGCCACCCGGGAAGGGAAGCCGGAAGAGAACGCCACCCAGUACGCCGUCCUUGCCAUCGUGCCUGUCUUCUGCGUGAUGGGUCUCCUGGGCAUCCUCUUCUGCAACUUGCUGAUGAAGAAGGGCUACCACUGCACGGCCCGGAAGGACGAGGAGGGGGCCAAAGCCGAGAGGAACGGGAGCAGUUCCGCCUACCGGAUAGAAGACGCGAAUGAAGACACCAUCGGAGUCCUUGUGCGCCUGAUCACAGAGAAGAAAGAGAAUGCCGCCGUCCUGGAGGAAAUGCUGAAGGAUUACCACAGCAAACAGCUCAUGCAGCCGGUUUACAAGCCUGUGAACAAGUUGCAGCUCCUGCCUCAGUUCCCCCACCUCUGCCGGCACCAGCACCACCUGCACACAGUCCAGGGCCUAGCCACCCGCUCGGGCCCCACCUGCACCCGCUGCAGCCAGAGGAAGUGGCCGGAAGUACUGCUUUCCCCGGAAGCUGCCGCUGCGGCUGCCAACUUGACCGGCAGCGCCGUCGCCAAGCCGGCAAAGCCAGGAAGCAAGGCCGGCCGGCCGGGGGAGAUCACCCUCCUCUCCGUGGGCAGGUUCCGUGUUGCCCGCAUCCCUGAGCAGAAGCCAAGCCCCUCGGAAGUGAAAACCAUCUCUGAGAGUGCAGGAGCCGAGUCAACAGUGUCCCCCUACGCCUGCCUGGUUCCGGGGCAGAAACCGCUUGUUGGAAAUACCGUGAGGCCCAAAUGGCUUACGACGGGAGACGGCCAACAAGAG